AUGGGCCCUCUCCACAGGUUGUCGUCCUUCUUCAGUGCUAGUGUGGUAGACGUGAACAAUAACAGGAUGGGGGUGAAAGGGAAAAAGAAGAAUAAGUUCGCCAGUGAUAUCGAUAUUUUCGGUGGCGAGGGGAUCAAGACGAAGACCUACAUUUGGGCCACUUUGAGAACUCCCAAGAAAAAUAAAGGUAAUUUUCGGAGUUAG